AUGACAGUCUCAACAAACGGAUCAGUCAAAGCGACCGGCAUAGCAAGUCUCGCUUGCGUCGUCUGCAGAAAGCAGCACCUCAAGUGCGAUGCGGGGAAACCCUCGUGUUCGCGUUGCAAAGAGACAGAGCAAGUAUGCUACUACGAGCCAUCGCGACGUGGUGGACGUCGCAAGAAGCAUCGUUCGCCAGCUGAGGAGCUUCAGCAGAGGAGUAGACAGCCCGGGAUUCAAGCUUCUCCAGGCGAUCAGCAAUCUUCAUAUGUGGAUUGUGUGACUGUUAAUCCUAUCAGUCUACCUAUUACACCUACGUCGUCUUCCCAGGAGUUACCGUCAUCUGGAAUAAGUCAGAAUACAGCUACCAGCAAUGACUUGGUUGGGAGUGUCACCCGACACACCCGACAAUCACCUCGGGGCGAAAAUGUGCAGACUCAACGACGGAUUAGCGACGACCAAACCCCUGCUCAACAGCCUCAACCCCAAAACGAUAAUGUCAUGUCAUAUCUAACCCAUCUUGACCCUAAUAUCAUUACGCAAACCUUUGGCAGCAAUAGUUUGGGAAGUCUCAAUGCUCCCGUGCAGCCUUGUUCAGAUGGAGAUCGUCUCCUUCGACUGUACUACGAGAACUUUCACAAUGCCCAUCCCUUCCUCGUUCCAAGUUCGGUGUUCACAUCACGGAACUACCCUCCAUAUUUGCGGCGAAUGGUUGAAUUCGCAGGUUCACAUUAUGCUUCAUCGGGGCCAGAUGCGCAACUACGCGCCGAAGUCGCGACUGAUAUGAUGUCUGCCAUUGAAACCUCAACAUAUAUGGUUCAGUCGCUGUUGAUCUACUCUAUUCUCCUAUUCUUCAGUCGCGACCUAGAUACCGCGAACAGAACUUUCGGCCAAUGUACGCAAAUGGCCAUGGACUUGGGCAUGCAUCUUGAAGACUUUGCAUCAUCGAGACAACUCGAUAAUCCAAUUGAGGCUGAAAGCUUGAGGAGAACUUGGUGGGAGAUUUACGUCACUGACAUCUCCAUGGCCAUUCCUCCCAAGACAAUGAUUUUGCGAUGCAGCAGUACACCACCAAAGGUUCUCUUGCCAUGCGAGGAAGUCUUCUACAAUGGUCGGUUGGACAUUCCCCCAUCACACCAUGUUCUUGAGUUCAAAAGGCGGGUGCUGUCGACCGGCGAUGUUGCUUUCUCGUCAUUCAGCUAUCGCAUCGAGGCUGCGACGAUUCUAGGGCGUGUCUUACUCCUAAAUCAGUUGAAGAACACAAGUCACGAUCAUACCCAGUCCAUCGAGAACGCUCUCCUGAGCUGGUCAAACCACUUGCCCUCCGGAAAGUUGGAGAUCGUUGACUCGUAUGGUAACAUCGAUGAGAUGAUGUUCCAGGCACAUAUGAUUAUAGCGUUGGCCAGCAUGCUAUUACAUCUCCCGCGCAGCAACUUGUACCCGCUGCUAGCAGAUAUCAAGGAUCCCUUCCUGCCGUUUGGCCAGAACCAUCCUCUUUCAUCAUCAACGAGUCUUAUCCAAGGUAUCAAAGCAACCGACGCUUCAAGAAGGAUAUCAGAUUGCAUAUCGCUCUGCCCUAAUGUCCCAAAACAUACACCAUUUGUCAUUCCAGCGCUGGCACUAUGCGGCUUCAUCCAAAUAGCAACCUCUCAAGGCCAUCCCGACGAAUGCUUUGAACACCACUACAACCGCGUCACUCUCGUUCUCGGAUGUCUCAAGAGCGCCCGGCGCAUGUGGCGCAUGGCAGAAGCAGAAUACGACCGCCUUCGCUGCUGCGCUUCUGAGCUCAUCGCCGACGCCAUGGACAGGAUGAAUGCACUGCCUUUAUCACAGACAAUACCUAACUCAUCUUCAAUGCCUACAACAUCUGACCAAGGAGGUGAUCUAACUUUAGUGUCGCCGACGCGCGGGAACGCUGACUCGGGAUUGCCACGGUUUGAUCCUCUUUUUCUGGAUCCUGUUUGUUAUGAUUAUUCGUUGUUCAGCGCUUUGCCCGACUUUCAUAGCUCUUAG